AGUUGCUCGACAUUGCUGACUGACAAUGACAUGUGUAUUAGGACAGAAAUUUCGUAUGGCAAGAUUUUCAUUUUAUUCGAAUUUAAUUAGAAUCUUAUAAAUGCUGAGCUUUAGGCACUCUUUUACUCUCAGUAUCAACGGUUUAGUCAAGUAUUUCAUUCGACCGAUGUCUGCCCACAGUAGCAAAACUCAACUAAACCACGAUACUUCACCACACGUUAAAGCCAAAGACGCGGCAAAACGAAUAGUAUGGGUAGACCUGGAGAUGACCGGGCUCAACAUCGAGAAGGAUUAUAUCAUGGAGAUAGGUUGCCUAGUGACCGACGCUCAGCUGAAUGUGGUGGCAACGGGACCCAAUAUUGUUAUUCAUCAGCCCGACCAUGUCUUGAAGAGCAUGGAUCAGUGGUGUAUCAAUCAACAUGGUGAGAGUGGCCUGACUGAGUCCUGUCACAAAUCCAAUAUAUCAAUCGAAGAGGCAGAAAAGCAGAUACUACAAUUCGUCAGCUCCCAUGUACCUGAGAAGAAAUGCCCGCUGGCAGGCAACAGUGUUUACAUGGACCGUCUGUUUAUACGCAAAUACAUGCCGCAGCUCAAUGAGUAUUUACAUUACAGAGUAAUUGAUGUCAGUACGAUUAAAGAACUGGCUAAGCGCUGGUACCAGAAGGACUUUUCUAAUAUUCCACAGAAGAAGUUUUCACAUCGCGCUGUGGACGAUAUUUUAGAGAGUAUUGAAGAGUUGAAGUAUUAUAAAGAACAUAUAUUUAAAUCGUAAAUGUGUUGAGCAUUUUAGCUAAUUUUUUUCAUGUUUAGCAUAAUUUUGACAUAUGGAUUUUUUCGUGUAUAUCAUGAAUGUUUGAUUAUAAUUUAUUAGGAUAA